AUGGCGUCCGUCACCAUGACAGCCGCACCGGGAUGCGGUCUCACAAUGUGAUUGGUAGUUGUCCAGAAACGGAAACAGGCAAUUGGCUGGCGUUCCAAAAGGCGCAAGACUAGGAAGUUGGGUAGUGGGCGGUCUUGGUGGAAGUUGUCAGAGCGCAUUGUCUAAUAAGCACAAUGCCUGAUACAGCUGAGAAACAAAGUAAUGAGGUCAAGAAUCCUGCUUUGGAAAAAUGUCUUGAGGUUCUGAAAGGAGCACAGACUGACAGUGAACAGUUUGCUGCCCUGCUUCUGGUCACAAAGUGUGCACAAGCUGAGGAGCUCAACAAUGAAAUGAGACGGACGAUUUUUGAUGCAGUGGGCUUUACGUUCCCAAACCGCCUUCUCUUUUCAAGCUCUGUUCCAGAUGGAUGUCCCAGCCAUCUUUUCAGAAGCUUGGGGGUAACACUGUUAGCUUGUUUUUGCACUGAUCCUGCUCUGGCAGUUCACCCUCAGGUCAUUAAUAAAAUUCCCAUAUUUAAUGAAACUGUCAAUACUCCAUGUCAGUCAGGUAACAAAGAAUUAGUAUCCAUGGUGGAAGAUGCAUACCAGUGUCUUCUGGGUAUAUUGGCAUCUCCACAGGGAGCAAAGAACUUAAUAUCACAUGGUAGCCUACCCUGUUUAUGCCAAGCAUACUUAAAUCGCAAUCAUUGUUGGGAAAAAGCUUUACAAAUUCUUACCAGUUUGCUUACUGUAUUGCCAACAAAAUGUUGGAAGAAAAGUUGCACCGACCUUCAACUCCUUUUGACUCGGCUCAGUGAGGAGUUCAGCAAGGAAGAAGGUGAAAGGAAAUUCCAGUUGGUGGACCUAUUGCCUGCAUUUCUUCCUCCGUUGCCUGUUCUUCUGGAGACCUCUUGGGGAGAGGAAUGUUUAAAACAACUCUGUAAGGGGUUGCUGAAAAUCCUUAGUAAUAAGCUAAGCAUAUCUCAAAGGGAUCCAGCUUUGAAACUUGGAGCAUGCCUUGCAAAUGCAUAUGGUUCUUCCUGGAUCAUUGUAGAAAACAAGGUUGAGCGAUCUCGUUUCCUAGCCUUAAUAGUGAACUUGGCAUGUGUGGAAGUGAGGAUGGCACUGGAAGAUCCUGAACCAUUGACCUCAAGACAGUCUUCCAUCACAGCCUGUUAUGCCUUGGUUGAAAUGGGGAUCCAGGCAUGCACUAAGGAGGAGAAACGUCCUGUGUUGGGACAGGAGCAGAAAUUGCAGCUCAUAGGGGUCAUGCAAGAAGCCUGUGCCUCUAUCAUCCACUAUUUACAGCAGUUUGGAUGGGAGAUGCAGGAGGAUCCCUUCCUGCUGGCUUCAAUUCGAUUGCUUGGUGCAUGGCUAGCAGAGGAAACAGCUUGUCUAAAGCUUGAAGUCAUCAAACUACUGCCAUAUCUGGUUCAUUAUAUGCGAACUUGCCACCAGAGGAGUGUGAUUUGCAGGAACCUUCCCAAGGAAGUGUCCCAGGUCGCUUUGCUGAGUUGUAGCUGGGGCACCAUAUGGCCUGGAGAUGCAAUAAGGUUUCUACUCCCUGCAUUGUGCCAUCUAAGUGCUGAGGAGGCACCACGUAAGGUGCUGAUAUCUGAAGGGGUUCCUGUCCUGCUGUGUGAUUACUUCCAGCAGCAAUGGGAUGUGCUUUUUGCAGAGGAUGAGCCUGAGGGGAUGCAAAGUGCAGCGGAACUGAGUCUGCAGACUUGCUGCGGUGUUUUCCUUAAUCUGGUGGUGACUGAACCUACUCUUGUAGGACAGGAAAGCAGCUUUGUACUUUUAUUGAAACAUCUUAUGCAGUGUCUUCCCACACUGUUAACCAAGGAGGGUCAUCUGGUCUUAGUAGCAAAUUUUGCCACACUGGGCUUAAUGAUGAGCAGAUUGUUAGCUGAAAAUUCAGUAUUGCAUGAAAGUAAUUCACAGGAGUUUUUUAAAGCAACAAUUCAUUUCCUGAGUCAUUCCCAUGUGCCAUCAUGUCAGACGGAUGCAGGAAAGCCAGUCAUCAUGCUGUCUGAAAGUUACGCUGAAGCUUGGGAGGAAAUCUCAGAACUGUGGUUCCUUGGUGUACAAGCUUUCUCCAACUGUGUUCAUCUAUUGCCCUGGUUAUCCACUCUAGUGCUUAGCUCAGGCUGGCUUCAGGAAUCACUGUGCCUUCUGGAUAAUGUUUCCCCUAAAUCUGUGGAUUCUGAUUUGGUAACAGCACUUCAGGGUAUGUUAAUAGAACUGGCCCAGAGCAAUAGUCUUUGCCGAGAUGUUAUUCGGAAAAAAGGAGGGGCUGAAAAGGCUAAUUUAUAUGGUAUGGCUGCUCUAGAACAGUGCCUGGCAGAGUUGUCGUGAGUCAAGAAUUGUGGAACAGAAUCAUCUGUGACUUAUUCAGUGCAUUCUUUAGUUGCUAAUGUAUAUAUAUAAACUGAUCCAAAAGGAUGACGAAUGUUCUACAAAGUAUACUGGAACUGAGCACUUGCUGAAUUGAAUCUUGUUCAAUUUUCUUUUUUUUUUUUUUUUUUUUUUUUUUUAUAAAGUGAACUCCAAUGCAAAUUCUAUUUGUAGUUUGCAGAAAAUUAGAUUUUUGGCAAAAAUAAAAGAAGAACCUCUUGUCUCAUUUGUUAAAAAGCCACAGUGCUCUAAGACUCCUAAACAGUUCUUUAUUCUGUGGUAUCCUAUUUAGGCAAUGAAAAAUCUUGAGGUGUUAUAAUAUCCCUAUCCUGUAUAAAGCAUCAGACCGUAUUACUUGUACCGCUUUAUGCUCAGUACACAAGGUUUUUUUGCUGUGUGUGUUGACCUUGCAAGCAUUAGUGCAAUGUCCUUACCAUAAAUAUAUUUAAAAACUCA